AUGUCCUCAUCACAGCGAUACCGCGGCGCCGCGAAAGGCGAACCUACAGACACGAAGACUUCGUCUAUACCUCCAACUAGUACGGGCGCCAAAGAGAAAGCGGAGCUCAAGGAAGCAGUCAAGGAGCAAGCAGCCGCAACCUCCAGUGGCAUCUCGGUCCUGGAUAUACUGCGCAUCAUAGCCGGCAUGCUGGUCCUAAGCUGUGGUCUAAGUUACCUCAGCACGAGCGGCGAGAGUCUGACAUGGGGCUACAAUGCCUGGUGGACACGGGCCCGUGAAUGGAAGAGCCUCAUCCAAGGCGAAAUCUCCCUCACCGACGCGGAACUAGCCCUCUACGACGGCAGCGACCCCAAGAAGCCAAUCUACCUCGCCCUUAACGGCACAAUCUACGACGUCUCCAUCUCGCCCUCGACCUACGGUCCCGGCGGCUCCUACCACUUCUUCGCCGGCCGCGACGCCGCGCGCGCCUUCCUCACCGGCUGCUUCGCCGAGGACUCCGUGCCCGAUUUACGCGGCGUAGAGCAAAUGUACAUGCCGGUUGAUCCCGAGGACAAGGUCGGUCUGAAGCCCGAGGAGCGCGAAAUGGAAAUGGAAAAGGCGCGCAAGCGCAAGAAGUUGACAAAAGGCGAGCUGAAGAAUCGGCAUGCGCAGGAGUUGAAGAGCGCGAGGAAACAGGUUGCAGCUGGCUUGGAGAGUUGGCAUAAGCUUUUUAGGGGAGACAAGGGGAAGAAGUAUCGUAGGGUGGGGACGGUGAAGAGGGAGGAGGGCUGGUUGGAGAAGAUGCCUAAGAGGGGGUUGUGUGAGAGUGCGGAGAAGGGGAGGCCGGUUCGGAAGUAUGAAUAG